ACCAACAAACACACACACACAGAGACACAUGUACACACACACACAGACAUAUACAUACACAUACACACACAGAAACAUGUACACACACACACAGAGACACAUGUACACACACACACAUUCAGACACAUGUAUACACACACAGGCACGAACAGACACGCAGACACAUAUACAUACACACAGUCACAUGUACAUACAUAUACAGACACAUGUACACACAGACACAUGUACGUACAUACACACAAACACACACACAUGUACAUACACACACAGACACAUGUACACACACAUACAUGUACAUACACGCAGACACAUGUACAGAUACACACAUGUACAUACACACAGACACAUGUACAUGCAUACAUAGAUACACACACCACCACCCUCCAUAAAAAGUUGCAGUACUUCGUUGUUCAUUCACAGAGACGGGUACUGCACUCUAGGUGGAGGCCAGAGAGCACAGCACACACUCCUUCCUUUGCUUUCACUGUGCUCAGCUAUUGAGCAGUCUGACAGCUCCCAGUGCCAAUGACAGAUCCGGCCUGAGCUCUGAUCCUGCUCAGCAAGAUGGCCCUGGGGGACACACUCACCCCCGCCAUAAUUUCCACUCACCAUUGGCGAGCAGGCGAGUGGAAAUUUCAAGC